CCCCAUAUUGUAUGUAAAUUGUACGGUCGUACAGAUAAGUAAGGUGCUAGGCUUCAGGCGCUCCCGUUCCCAUAUCAUCAGCUCAUCUCUUCUGAGUGCUGAUCGUUCCCGUGUUGCAUAAUACCAAAAUUGUUUUUAAAAAUAAAUUAUUUUUAAUCGGUCAUCGUAAUGGCCAGCCAAACUCAAGGAAUUCAACAAUUGUUGGCUGCUGAAAAGAGGGCUGCGGAAAAAGUUGCCGAAGCCAAGAAACGCAAAGCAAGACGUUUAAAGCAGGCCAAAGAAGAAGCUCAAGAUGAAAUUGAGAAAUACAGACAAGAAAGGGAAAAACAAUUCAAGGAAUUCGAAAUUAAACACAUGGGUUCUCGCGAAGAUGUUGCUGCAAGAAUAGAUGCUGACACUAAAAUUAAGAUUGAAGAGAUGAAUAAAGCCGUAAUUGUUAACAAGCAGGCAGUCAUUGAUCAAAUUCUUGAGCUGGUUUAUGACAUCAAACCAGAGCUGCACAAAAAUUUCAAAGCUACAGCUAACAAAGAAUGAUAUGUGUGUCAUAGUAUUUUUCUUUUUUUUCAAUUCCAUAUAAGAAAUAUAAAGGUGUACAAAUUUGAUUUUGGUUUUAGUUUUCGUUUCACUGAAACAUUCCAUAUGUUGUUCAAUUUUAUAGUGUAUUAUUAUCAUGAUUAUUUAUUUGUUUAGGAUUUCAAUAUUAAAGUUUUAAGAACAUA